UUAUUGGACAAGUCAAAAAUAUAACUUACUGCAUACUAAUACUGCUAGGCAAAAAAAAUAAAAUGGAUUGUUAAAGAAAAGUACGACAUUGUACUUAAUAUUGAAUCGUUUGUUGUCUUCCCCAAGCAACAUUUGCUUUUCUUAAGCUCUUCUUAGGCAAAAGACAUUUAAGAAAGACAGUUGCUUAUGUUUGGAGCAAAGGAGAUGUGGCCAGCUGCUUAUCUGAAGCUAACUGUCUAUAAAACUACACCAGCCAGUGCUUAUUAAUGAUCCACAUACUGUACUGCAUACUGCUGUAGCAUCAUUGUAUGCGUAGCUAGCUAGAGCUUGGAACCUUUUUUGUCAUUUAUUUUGAGAAAAGACACGUAAGAUCACAUACAUCUGCAAACUGUCGAAGAUGACACAAUAUAUUCUAAGACUUACAUCCAUCAUGGUCCUUGAUACAGAGAGAGCACUUAUAGAUGAAAAUAUUAUGAACGUAGAAGCGUGUCUCUGAAGUCUGUGAAAUUCUAAUUAGCAUAGUAACAUAGCAAAUAGCUUGCUGGCGAAAAUCAGACCCCUGGGAACAGCGUCAGGCUUUGAAGCCAUUUUUUGUAGUGGCUAAACAGUGGAAUUACAGUACCUGAGUCCAUCAUGUGGUGCCAGUGGGCCCAAAUAUACUUGGUCUCAUAGACUUACAUUGUUAGAAAGACAUCUGUAAAUCAGUAGCUCAUUUGUUUAAGUGUCACCAUCCCCACAAACUUUCACUGUAAGAAUUUGAUCCAUUCGUUCCAAUAAUAUUUUGAAAGUCUGUGCAAGACACAUUGUCUGGAUGGACUGGGACACAUCGUCAGUGAUGUGACCUGGGGUCAUCGGGUGUUUUGGGUUUGUCAAAAUCAGACACCCUCACCCAGGCGACAUAGAUGGGGUUGAUCAGGCGCUGACCUGACUCCCAGCAGCAUGUGCCCACAGUUCAGCUCUCUUAAUUCAAAGCCACAGUGACUUCCUCUGUGACUUUGCUUGUGGAUUGAUGCCCCUGUCCUUUACCAUCCAAUCGGUUGAAGACUUUGCAGAGAGAACGUCUUGCAAAGCCUUUACCUUCCACCUCUAUGGGUUCAUAGUGUGUCUUCCAGCUUCCUCUCCAUUUGUCAGAGUUCCAGUUCCAGCAUAAUCAGCGCAGAAGAGCUGCACAAUAAUAUGAUUUUAUCCCCAUUCAAGUUAGCGGAAGGCUAUACAGGAAGUUAGCCAUUCAGCUUGUGAAAGUCUGUAGCAUGCUUGCUCCAUGGGCCCAACAAUAGAGAAGAUGUGGGUAAUUUGUACAUGAGAAGUCAAACUUUUUGUCUUCAUACACCACUGAGCAACUUUCCAAAGCUGUCUCCAUUUCUCUUUAUACAGCCGUGGCGUAAAUGCUUUAGUUAUUGUUACAAGAGUUUAGACUUUAACGCUAGAGCAGUAUGCCGUACAGUAUGUUGCUAAUUAACAUUUGGUGCAGUAGCUGGUGCAACUCUAUGAUAAAAGUCAGCUUCAGCUUGGUAGUUCGCAAAAAAGGCUUGCUAAAGUUAGGGGGAAAGAAAAAUAGGGAAGAAAUAAAUGAGUAAAUCUGUGCCAAAACCAAAAAACAGACAAAUAAAUAAGUUUAAAGAUGAACUGGUGAAAGAUAUGCCGUAAGGUAAAUUAUGUUUUUUACUUGUCUGAUACCCUUUACCAUAGUUUUGAGUGUCUGGGCUAGCUGAAGUGUAAGCUCGACGAGAGUCAGAAAGUACAAAACUUGCCAAACGUGUCAUGAUUAUGAUUGACAGCUGGGUGCAGUUGGGGUCAAAGUAAAUGGACAGAGAAACUUGGUGGUGUGUGGACGCACUGUUCCCCCCUCGCCAGCCCUUCCCUUGCCAUAUAUAGUCCUUAUCAUCAUACGUAUUCGAUGUGUAUUAGUACAGUACAUUACUGUUGUCAUAGGAAUGUUAUGCACAGCGUUUCAUAUAGACUAACUCAGCUGAUUGAAAUACCAUGUCUGAUAUGUAGUGGAAGUUUUAUCCUCAUCUUAUUCUGAAAGGGCAUUGUAAAUACAGUAUGAAGGAGAGCUGAAAGAAGAGGAGGGAAGGAUGAAUGAACAAGAGAGAAGAAGGAGGCUGGAUCCUCCUCUCUGCUCUUUUCUCCGCCUCUCUUCUCACCCUCCCUUUCCUCUCUCCCUCCCUCCCUCUUUUCUCUAAUGUCUGUUCUGUCCAUUGGCAGUCAGUGUGAAUCGAUGGUUGUCAUAUACACACAUACAGUUGCAUUAUAUUACGCACACGUCGCUAUAUCUUCUCUCAUUCUGUGACCCUCUGUGUGCUUGUGUCGCUGAUUGGUUCAGGAGGAGGCCGGUGGUGCCUUCAGGAGGCGCUGACAUUGUUGGUAUUCACUAUGUGGUGAUAAAGAGAAGUUUUAUUUGAGAUGAUAUAGACACUGAUCGCAUUCGGGGUCAGGAGGUUUUAUUAACCACAGAAUGGACUGUAUAGCUUUUAUCCCUACAGAUCAUAUCUCCUCUCACAUGAUUGUGUUCAUUUAUAACACCGAUCAGUUCACCUAUCACAUAUAUUCUUGUUUAUUUGACACACAUUACACUCACAGGUGUUAUUUUCUCUUUUGUAUGCCAAGCAACUCCAUCACGUCCAUAAAAAAAAUAACCUGUAUCAUUUCCAAUUUGAUAUCACCCCCAGGUUUUCCUGUGAUCACAGAAGAAACAGACAACAAAAGAGAUGUUUAAAGCAAAUGCAUCAUGCUUAAUGGACAGAACUAGCAAAUGACAUUCAAACGGAGCUAAGUACAAUUCUGUUGUGUUCUUUUUUACUCAAAGUAAAUAAAUCCCCCCUCAAGCCUUUACAACUCCUCGCCUAAAGGGCAGCGUAGCACUUUUAUUUAUUUGUACCUUCCCUGAAAAGUAGCAGUACCUUAACAUAGCGUCAGAAUGGAUGGAAUAGACUCUCAUAAAUCACUGUAGUUUAUUCUUUUCAUUCUGAUUCUGUGGCGAAUCCUUUUUGUUUCAGUGUGACUGAUGUUUAUUUUUUAUCCCCCACUCUUCCAAAGAGAUGGAGAGAUAAUUGUGGACAAUGUAAAUUGAUGUUUUGCUAAACUUAUGAAACAAAAAACAUGAUUAUAAUAAGAGACGUUCGGAAAGAAGACGUAGAGAGACAAUGUGGUUUUAUAGUCUUGAGACGAGCCUGUGUGUGUGAUUGUUUAAAAGAUGAGAGGAUCAGAUGUGAAGAUGUGUCCCAGUUUCCUCCUCCAUAUUUAUUCCAAACAGGGUUUGAUUUUGUAGAGCGCUAAAGUACACUCAAAGAUGCAGAUGUUGGAGUGUGGUGUUGAUGCACAGCACUGCUCCAAACACACAGAAAAAAGCAAAGAGGGAGCUCCUGCACCCUGUUUUAAAACAGCUCCAGACAUAUUACAGAAAACAACAAUAAGCUUAUCUAUCUAUGUUGCUUUCUCCUUUCUCCUAAGCUCCAAAGUUGCAGUAUCAUAGCACAUUUCCUGUUGAUACGCAACUCUAAAGUAUCUUAAUUUCUUGUAUAAAGUGCACACUGUUUGGUAAUAAUAUGCAGCCUGGAGUUGGGGCACAGCUUUAGACGUUUUGUAAGAUGGGAAACAAACUAAUCUGGGCUCAAACUAAUCGAUUCCCUCUUUGCAAGGUGCAGGUGAAUUAUGUCAGACUGAGAAAAGUGAUGCAAGAAAUGAGGACAGUGCUAAAAAAAAAAUCUAUAUUUUUGCAUCAGCUUUUAGAAACAUUUUGUGUAGCAUCCACAUCCCGGAAUGAGUUGCAGUUUCAGAUCCAAACCUCUGCUCCCCUGCUGCUGUAGGAACUGGCACCGACUUGUGACAGCGUGGUCAAGGUGACUUGAGCAGCAGCCUCUCCUUCAUCUCUCUGAGCUUUCAGACUUGUUUGAAGUUUAUGGUUUACAGCAGAACUUCCCACCAUAGAUGCUCAAUCAGUCUUUUCUAUCACAUAUAAAAUUAAUGACUUUUUGUUGCCAGUUGCCACUUUGAUCAGGAUUAUUUCCCCCUCUCUCACAGUCCCUCCGGUCCGCCACAGUGUUGAAUUAUUUGGUAUGAGCCUGUUUUUGGGGGGGGUUAUGUAUUAUAUAAUUCUUUUAUUUUUCAUCCUUCGAUUUGGAGCGGCUUCACAGCUGCCGCUAUUAACGAUGUGAUGGAACAACUGGCCUUCUCUGUCUUCAUGGACUGUUGCCAUGGUGACAAUAAUGAGAACAGGUGCAAAAGUCUUUCUGCAUAUUAUUAUUGGCUGUACAAAAAAACAAAACAAAGUUUGUAUUUAUUGUGUACAAAUGUUAAUUAAUAAAAAAAUAUUGAAAAGUUGUUUCUGAGUUUCUUGAGUUUCUGUUGGUCUGCCCUACAUAUUUGAGAAUGUACACAACUGUGCGGCUGUAUGGGUUUUUAAAUGCAUGUGUUUGUGUGUUUUGGAUAGACGCUCCAGUCCCUAGAAGUGGGUGUGCUCGUGAUAACACGCUCUAUAAACACCCGAGGCCAGAGUUUCCUGAGUGGAGCGACAGGGAAAAGAGAAAGAGCAGCAAAGCAGCCACUCUGAACUUCUUAUUUGGGUCACUGAACAUGUUCAUGCCCAAUUUUUUCCUCCCUUGUUUUGCUUUAUUUUAGCAGUUAAGCAUGCGCUCCAGAAGAAAACAAGGCUCGUCUUUGAAUUCCACCUGUGUGAAACUCUACCUGUGCUCCAACCCCGAGGAUAGUGUGGUGGAGCGCAGAGCUCUGAGAGAGAGUGUGUUCCCUAAACUCAGAGAGCACUGCAGACACACACUGGGACUGGACGUCAGGGUGAUCGACCCAUUUGAGUCCAGUGAUCCCAGUCGUUGGCCUGAUGAAAACACCAGACAGCAGCUGAUUAAAGAAUGCAGAAAGAGCUCCACGGGACCUUUUUUACUGGCCCUGGUGGGACAUCAGUAUGGUAAGGCCUGCCUGCCCGCCCAGGUGGAGGUGUCAGAGUACCAGCUGCUGCUGCGGGAGGGCCAGCGGGCGGGUGUCAGCACCCAGGAGCUGGAGAGAGUGUACCAGAGGGAUGAGAACACCAUCCCUCCCUCCUACUGCCUGAGACGUCCACAUGGAAACACCUGCUGUCCUCAGCAGGAAGACGUUAAGGAGGAAGAGGAGAUGAUGAUGAAGGCUAAAACAGAAGAGCUGAGGAGUGUGUUUCAGACCACUGUGAGUCUGUGUGUCCACAACGGUCUGAUGAGCCCAGAGAGAGCGCAGAGCUUCUGCAGAUCAGCCCUCGACGCAGAUCUGCGAUUCGCUCUGGACAGCCGUCCUGGUAGUGAUGUCAUCAGACGCUGCCUUGUUUACAUCCACAAGGUCAUCAACGCAACAGGCGAGAGAGAGAUGAUGAAGGCACAACUUCAGCCACAGCCGGAGGCUGCUACCGUCGACCUGACGACAACACCCACCCAUGGACAAUUAUACUCAGAGCUUUGUGACAACUUCCUCCCUGGUUUCAUCACAUCCUCCCAGCUUCUAGUCUACACCACUGCCACAGAGUGUGACCCUCGCCAUGGUUACACCACAGCCAGGAGGCGGGGCUAUGCUGACGCUCUGUGCCAGCAAGUGUGCUCUGACCUUGUGGGGAUGAUUGACAGCUUGAGCAUUUCAGCAAAGAGAGAAGACUCCCAGCUCAGCGAUGCUUCGGCCAGAGAGCAGGCCGAGCAGGAGGAGCUAUGUGACGUCCUGUCUCGAUUUUAUGACAUCAUACGGCCAGAGGAGGAAGAGGUCAGAGCCUACGUGGAGCAGAGCGAACAACAGUGCCCACUGGUGGUGAAAGGAGGACCAUGCACAGGGAAGACAGUUCUGCUGGCACACUGUGCUCAACAGAUAAAGUCUUGGCUUCCCGACUGUGAUCCUGUUGUGAUCACUUAUUUUUGCAACCAGUCCAUCAACCCGUCCCCAACACACCUUUUGUCCAGCCUGUGUUAUCAAAUUGGCCGUGGAUAUAACAGCAGAUCGUCCCUUGAGCAGAGUCCCGAUGACCUGGGUGGCCCUGGCUGUAUCACUAACGUCAGAGACUGCAAUCCCAACUGUAACCCGACAUCCAUCAUGUGUCUGUCCGAGCUUAAAGAUCGUCUCUUGUCCCUCCUCUCCUCCAUGCCCUCCAACAAACAGCCUCUAGUUCUCAUCCUCGGUGGCCUGCAUCACAUCAAAAAGGACUUUGUACCCCACAUCAUGGAGAGCCUCCCGUCCCCCCUUCCUCCCAGCGUCAAACUCAUCCUCACAGUCUCCCCCAACCGAACACAAAUCCUGCAAGCCAUCAGCCCACAGAGAAGUCCACCUCAGUGUGUGUCUGAGGGCAGUGAGAAGGAGUUAGGAUACGUGUGUGUUCAGCUGGGAUUGGUGGACAGGAAACAGUGUGUGAAGUUGCUGUCAUCACUGCUGAGAAGUUCAGGGCGGAGGGUGACAUCCGGACAGCAGGCGCUGGUGAACCAGGCGUUGACUUCCUGUUGUUUGCCUCUCUACGUUCGACUCCUGCAACUACACACUUCGCUCUGGCACUCUGAUUCAGAUGUGACAGAGUCAUCUCUCCCUGAUGGCAUCCACUCAUCCAUUUCUGCGCUGCUCGAUCACCUGGAGCAGAAACACGGCUCCUCUAUCGUGGCUCGUGCCGUCUCCUACCUCACCCUCUCCAGGACAGGGCUCACUGAGGCGGAGCUCGUCGAUCUGCUGUCCUGUGAUAAUAAAGUGCUGACUGAAUGUUAUCAGCAGGAUGAGAGCCCUUCCUCCAAAAUGAGGGUCCCGCAAAUCGACGUGGAGAGACUUCUGCUUGAUUUGAGGCAGUUUCUCAUCAGGAGGACAGUUGCAGGGUCACAUGUUUUGUUCUGGGUGAGCAGGCAUUUCAAGCUGGUGGUGGCUAAGAGGUAUUUAGGCUCUCAUGAGGUGAGGAGGGAGAUACAUUCAGCGAUGGCGGACUAUUUCAGUGGUCGAUGGGCUUGUGGAUGUGCAAAACCACUUCUUGUAAAGCAGAAAUCUGGACCAAACAAGGACACGUCCCAAACAGAAAUGUACAUAGACAGGCAGCCAUCCAGCCAGCCGUUUGUCUUCACCUCUCCCUCUAAAGAGGUUGGCCGAGUGAACUUAAGGAAGGUCUUAGAAUUGCCGCAUCACAUACAAGGAAGUGACAGACGGGGGGAGUUGGAGCAGGGGCUGUUAAUGUCUUCGAGGUUUCACCAGGCCAUGGUUCGAGCAGGACUCCUGGGAGAUCUUGUAACCAUGUUGGAAAGUGAGGAUGGGUCCUCCCACGACUGUUUGACAAGGAAGAGAGCACUCCUGGCAAGCAUAUUGAAGUCUUGUGCUUGUUUACUGCAGAGCUCGCCCCUGCAGCUGCUCACAGUGAUAGAGACGAGCCUCCUGCCUUAUCUGAAGGUCUUUCCUGCGCUCAAGGGUUAUGUCAGAGAGAUCAGACAGGACAGGAAAAAAGGAGGAAGCGGCUUAGGAGUAGCGCUUUGCCCUGCUCCCUCCUUUGUUCCCUCCAUUCAGUGCUUGAAUUGUAAUGCCAAAACUAAGGACGUCUCAGUUAGAGAAGCAGCCGGGACAGAGCGUGGGAUUGUAGCAGAGAUCAUGGAUGACGGCGCAGCUUGGAUUUGGAAAGGCUCUGGGUGUGAUGUAGUCAAACUAUCACUGAGCUGCGAGCAGACAGAGCUGAAGUUUGCAGGAGUGAAGAGCAGCGGCCAAUUCAUGCUGCUUUCCACACAAUGCAACAAGCUUUUCUUGUGGGAUGUGACGGACCCAGAGGUGUUCCUGCAGAUUAGGGACCCUUUGAAAACAGAGUUAAGCCAAAAAGUGGAAAACAAAGUUGAGGGGUUUGUUGCAUGUCAGAAAAAGUUAUUCAUAUGGUGGAAAGAUGAGAGUUUUGUAAGUGUGGUUGAUGUCUCCAGCGAGUUCUUGACUCAUUUUCAGUGUCAGAGCUGCGUGACCUGUUUGGUUUGCUCCUCUAAUAGCUUGUACAUGUACUGCGGGCAGGAGGACGGCACAGUGUCCAUAUCUGACACCAACACUUGCAGCCUCCUCGGCACCUGUUCAAACUCAAACCACAGUGCGGUUUCAUCAAUAAUCCUGUGUGAAAAUAAGUGGGAAAUAGCAUGUGUUGACAGGACAGGAAGUGUAACUCUGUGGGAUGUGGCAGCCAAAAGAAACCCACCCAGACUUGUCACAGAAAGCUUUCCUGGGGGUACAUCUAACACCAUCCUCAAUGUAGACUACUCUCAUGAAAUCAACACUUUAUUGGUGUGUCAGUCUCACCAGGUUGCACUUUGGGAUACGUGUGACUGGGAGCUGUGGGACCGCUUCUUGGCUCCACAAGGGAAGGCCUUCACCCAGGCUGUGCUCUCCCAGGAUGGCCACCUUUUCUUGGCUUUGUUAGACACUUGCCACCUCGUCUUGGUGUGGAAGGUCAGCACAGGGGAGUGUGUGCUGUCCUUGGAGACAAACAAGCAGCCUCAGACGCUGCUCAAAAUGGCCUCAGAUGUUGUCUGUGUCACUCAUGACGGCUGCCUGACAGUGUGGGACUCUGGGAUGAUAGAUGCUGCAGGUACAGCUCCGAAAAUGGGGUGUGGAGUGAAAGAAGUGGUGGUUGAUGGAGCAGCUGAGUGGUUCUACACCUCCGAUGGGUCAGAGACGGUGUGGAGAUGGAGAUUAGAAACAGGACUUCCACAUGCUAAAUUCCUACAUGACGGUCCUGUGGUAAAACUGCGCCUUACCCCAGAUAACGUCCACCUUGUGACACUCUCACUUGGGGACAUAUAUGUGUGGCAGAUAGAAACAGGUCAGAACAUCCUGCGUAUCAGUGGCAGCAGAGCGACAGACAUCCUGAUCACCCCUAACAGUAACUGUGGGGUGAGUAUUUCUGAGCGAGGGGUGUCUCGGGUUUGGAAGCUGGCACAAGGGAGCAUUGUGUGCAACAUACACCCGUAUCUAUCUGACGCCCAGGUGUCGCCUGAGAGCACCUUCCUUAUCGGCCGUCGCCGUGGAGACCUGUUAGCUGCCAGUCUGUGGUCGGGCUCGAUCAGCAAGCGUUUCUCCUGCGCGGAAAGCUCAGAGCAUGUUGUUGCCUUUCAAACGCUUUCAGAGCACCCUAAUUUUGUGGUGGUGUUGACCGCCUCAGGGGCGGUGUACACCUGGAAGAUAGUGGAGGAGACGCUGUGCUGGCACUUCCAGCUGCCUGAUACGUUUCACUGUCAGCCACAAGACUUCCAAAUGUCCUCUGAUGGAAGCUACGCCCUGCUGUCCACUGAUAAUGAAACCAUCAACAUCUUGGACUUAUCCCAGGUCAGACUGUGCUCAUUUAAGGCCAAGGGUCCUGUCAUUAAAACGUGUUUGGCUAAAACUGGAUGCUAUGCUGCCUACGUAUCCCACCCCACCACCACCCUGGAGAAUAACAGUGUCUGUAAUCUGCACGCAAGGCCCGUCCUCACAGUUGUACGACUCACAGACGGGGAAAGAAUAGGAUGUGUGUCUCUGGCUAAGAAUCCGUUGACUCUGGUUGUGUGUGAGCAACAGUAUGUGUUUUUGGGCUUUGAGGACGGGUCAGUAGGUGUGUAUUCAAUAAUAGAUGUCACAGUCAACGGAGAGGAGUCGGUGAGGUGCAGAGAGAAUGUGAACAGUCAGUUGAAGCAAUGCCCCUUUGACAGUGCACCACUCAGCUGGUUACCACUAGAGACCGCCAAUAUUAGAUGGCCAUAGAGCUGGAGUACGCAAGGUUUUUUUUUCAUCAUUGGGUAAAAAAUCCAAAAUAACCUUGCAGCAUAUUGUAAUUCAAGUGGUUUGAGAGGAAACCCAACUUCAGCACCUCAUCUUGGUUCUGUUUUCUGCCUUAAGAAGAUCAAGCCCAUGACAGGAACAAGGUCAUCAUGGCUAAUCACAGGUCAUCACCAUAGACUGCAUAAAAAAGUUUAAAAUUUUAACCUUUAAUAAAAUUUAAAUUAGCAAGUUAUGUAAAAAUUCCCCUCUUGUGCAGUUUACAUACAUUAAAAUUAGCGAUAGAGACCAAAUCCAUUUUUUGUACCAGGCUGUGAACAGCCGUUUUAACAUGAAGGUCUAUGGACACUGAGACAUCUGGAGCCUGCCCCAGGUGACCAGUUAUGGAGCUGCAGUUUUUAACACUUCUGUACUGUCUUCAUAUAUCAGCCCUGGAGGUUGCUGCUUAGUCAUUACAGAGAUACAGAGAUGGACUGUUCUACAAAUGCAGAUGCCGCUGCAGGUCCCUUCAGACGGUAAAAACCUGAGUCAGUGGUGGAAAAUCAUGCAGAAAGUUUGCUAUUCCAGCAAUGACUGACUACACUCCAAAGCAACCCCAAAAAAAGCGAGACGGACUAAAAAGAGAGUCUGACAAUAUAGGUUUCAGUUCAAUUUUGUUGCAAAGUUACAUAAUUGCCUAGAGUUGGUUCGUAGUCUUCGUAGCAUUUACAAGUGGACCAGAUCAAAUGCCUUGUGCGAGAAAGCUGCUCUUGAUUGGUCAGAAUUUCCAUGGAAAUAAUCCAGGAAGUGAACAAAACGUUGAAGAAGAGUACACUUGCAAGAUAAAUGUGACACUUUCUAAUGUCACAAUGGAGGGACAACUGCGCAGGUUGAUUUUAGCGCUGCUCAUCGUGUGCUAUAUUGCUGUCAUUGUUCAUUUUAGUCAAACCAUACAGUUUGAAAACGAGGCGCGGCUCCAACUAGAAAACAAUGUUUUGAUGCAUUGGAUGUGCUGAAUGUGCAUAUUAAGGCAGUACAGGAGGAGGUGCACAUUAAUAAUCCUCCAGGACUGUAACAUGCUCAUGUUUAACCCAAACAAUGUGUCAUGUGACUGCAGUUGGUUCAGAUCGAGGUUGGAACAUGUUCUCACCACAAACGAACCACACCAGAGUUCCUUUGUAACCUCGGUCUGGUUGUUUUGGUGCACACCUGAGUGUGAUGGCUGUGUUCACACCUGCUAAAACAAACCACACUUAGGGGGCAAACGAACUUGAGUUCGACUGAACCAAACCAAACAGGGCAGGUGAAAUCAGGGUCGUAGUUGUCUCAGCAUUGCCUCAACAAAACAGCAUUGAUCGACUGGAGUGAUUUAAAUGAAUGACUAGUACUCGCACAGGUUACUGUAUGAAGCACAUGCAUAUGGCCAAGCAUGUCUGGUGGUAGGGGCUUAAGUCAGAGAGGGUAGACGUGCAGGAGGACGGCUGCAAUUUAUUAAUUCUGGCCUUUUUUGCCUUUUCAAGAAAACUGCUCACCCUGCCUUUAAUAUUAUUAUAUGACGUUGUUGAACUGUGUUUUAAAGUGGGUCUCAAUAGAUGACCAAUGUGAUAGCACACAAAGUAAUUAUAUGCAUAUGUAUAUAUACUGUAUGUUGGUGUAUAAAUAAAAAUGUGUGGAUGUGUCUGUGUUCUACACUUCUGAGGAAACUGCAUCAUCAUUAGUUUCAGUUUAGGUUGGUCUGAGAUGAUAAUGAUCACGCACCUGUUUGCAGAGGAAUCCACCCAGCAUCCAUCUGAGUUUCAUUUCUGUGAAAACAAAACCAACAAAACUCAUCAUUCUGACACGUUUAUUUACUAUUUAUUUGUAAUAAUAAAACAUUUUUUUACGAAUGCAUUAUUUAUAUUAUUGUCUCUGGAAUAAAAAAGUAAUGACACUUUGAUCUGCAUAAAAAUGCUAGGAAAACUCUUCAAGCAGCUUCUGUUGCUCUCGUGCUGCCUUCCGGGUAAGCUCGUAAAUUACACUACUACUAUCGUUCAUCCUGUUUGCUGUGCACUGCUUACUUUCGGUCCAAAGUAAAAUAAAAAUCCACCCAGUAAUAAACGUGUGCAUCGUGUUAGACAUUCAACUAGACCUAUUCAACAUGCUGCAACCCCAGACUGAGUGGCUUAUGUGCAUAAAUUCGACUGCGAUACUGAUA